AGCGCACCCUUCGGGAGGUGCUGAAGUGUCUCCGUCGUGCCUCAUGUACGCGCGCCACGAUUGAUCGCGCUCCAUACUCCGAGCUCGAUUUUGGAAAACGUUUUUUUUCUCUCUCUCUCUCUCUCUUUUUUUCUUUCUUUCUCUUUCUCUCUGUUAUACUCUCAUGCUUUUACUCGCUUGAUUUGCUCAACAAGUUUCACAACCCUUUUCCCGGAGCGUGUUAAAAUAAAAGAGAAAGGAGAUAAUUCGACAAGACGCUACUAAAAAGAAAAAGAGAAAUACCGGAAGUUGAGUCCGAAUGGGGUGAAAUGAAGUUAACGAGUUCGUGAGGAGUUCGCGGGAAAAAAGCGCGGCUCGCAUAUACGCACCUCGUGCGAUGAGCCGCUUUUAGUAGGUACGCGUGUGCGUGUGCCGGAAACGCGUUGGUACGUGUGUUUACAACCUGUGGGUGGCGGCGGCAGCGGUAGCGGCGGCGUUAGGCACCGAUUACGGGAUAUGGAUUCGCUGUGGACCCGGGUGGAGGCGGAAGGCGGUAGAUGACGGGUCCGCGGCCGAGCCCGGCGAGAAGAGGCGCCGAAUGAAAGUGAAAACGAAGGACAUUGCACGGUGCGUAGUACUACAAUGUGAGAGGGAGGAUGCGUCGCCCACGGGAAAACGACGACGUAGGAUGCGGGAAGAAGACGCACGCCGGAAGGCGAACGAUGUCUUGAAUUCUUCCCUGUUUCCCUAAUGUGCGCGGGGAGUCAUUUUGAUGGAGAAAUAUUCGAUGCCACGUAUAGGAGCCAUAAAACGUUCGAGAAACGGGAGGGUCCGUCGUGGAACGGCGUUAGGGACGAGCCCGAGCGGGAAGAAUGUUCAUUGACGUUCAAGCCCCCCCCGUGUCCUGGCAAGGAAGCGUUUUACUGCCUACGCACUGGAUCACUUAUACGACGACAAAUGUUCUCUGAAGGCUGCAAACCCGGCGGAUUGUGUGCGCAAGGGUCCACCCUCUUUAGAAUUUCUCGUCCGUAGAGAAGAUCGUCGAAGACAAAGGGGGUUGGCGCGCGAGAGGGGGCGAACGAAACGAGGAGAGGCGCGAGGGAGAAUCGGGAGUCUCUCUCUCUCUCACUCUCUCUUCGGAAGAGAGGUGUGGUUGAAACCGAGGGUUGAAAAAGCGAGAAGGAGAUAAGAAGAUAAGGAAGAUGGGAGAGUGUUCACCGGAUCUCAGCCUUCGGCUACGCGAGGGCAGCUCCGACUCCAGGGACUCCUUCUACAUGGACUUUGCUCAGGGUAUCGAUUCCGAUAUCGAGGAAGUGACGCGACCAGGCGACAAUAAUUCCGAUCCCAUGCUGGAAAACCACUUGGAGGAGAACGGGAACGAGCUGCUGCCGCCGAUCGAGGACAUUACAACGAUCCCCGAAGAGGCCUCGGAAGAAUUAAGAGAGGAGGAGGAGGCGGCCGCGUUGGAAGCUGCGUUGCGAACGCCAGACGGUGGCACUAUUAGCACGGAAAUCGAGAAACCGUCGGCCGCGACGCUCACGCAGGAGUAA